UGCAGACAUCGCCCGCCUUGGUGAGGCUGGCCAUCCUCAUCCAGACGUCCAGGCCGCCAGCAUGGAGACGGCGUCGCUCCCACACCUCCCACACCACCCUCUCCACAUCUGCCUCUUUGCCGAUGUGCAGAAUGCCUCGUUUCUGCGCGAACAGCUUCUUGCAGGCAAUCCGGACUAUGAGUAUGCAUUUCUCGAUGCCGCCGUCCUGCGGUCACGCGGCAUUGUGCUCUCGGCUUGCUUUAGGGCAAUCAACGAUCUGAUCGCCGGCCGCCUCAAGACCAAGAAUGUGCAUUCGGAAAUUGUAUUUGCCAUGAAUCCCAACAACAAUAUCGCCGAGUCAUUCCGCCGCUAUGGUAUUCAAGACGAGAGCAAAAACAUCGUUGCGAUCAAAGUUGGCGGCGACAGGAGUACCGUUGAGCGACAUCUACUGGCCAACGUCAAAGCGUCGCCGACUAGCCUCACAGAUGACGCCUUAGCAUCCAUGCAUGACCAGGCCAGGAUGAGGAAAAUCUACCGCCUCGAAGCUCCAAAGAAAGGCGGAGAGGCGGCUCAGCGUGGGAAGGAGGCCGAAGCUUUCAUUAUCGCUGGUAUCGCAUUAAAGGGUUCCUGAGUCUUGUUUUUCCUGUAUGUCCUACUCCACCUCCCCCUUCGGACGCACGCCAUGCACUACACUGCAUUCACCAAGAACGGCGCCAUUUGCAAUGUGCCGCCAAUAGCCUCCGCUGCAGUAACGCUCACAUUCACGUCUUGCUGGACG